GCGUUUUUGACGCCGAAUUUGCGUUCAGUUUCGCAGGACCAUGCUAACAACGAACGUAUUUGCACACUGAUUUGGAACCGUCUUGAACAUUUGCUUCCUCCGUCCGUCUCAAAUCGAGAUGCAAUUUUGGUGCGAUACCGCGCUCUGAAUAUUGUUUCGUUAUCAGAAGCGAUUCAGUUGCAGAAGUACUGCUUUAUCACGCAUCGUAAACGAGUACAGCCAGUGUCUUGUACUUUGCUGAACAGUUUAAAUUUUGCUGCAUCAGAAUGGAUGGCAACAGCUCGGAUUUCGGAUAACACAUGCGAUGCACUUGAUUGUGUAGUGGACAGUGCUCUGUUGACACGUCUUCUUGGUUUUACGCCUGAUGAAGCGAGAGUAUGUUUUUCAUGA